AUGGACAAACCAUUGAACGUUAACAGAUUAAGAACCCAUUUUUCACUCAUUAAAUUAAUAGCCUGGACCUGCAUUUUCCUUGGCCUAAUCCUCUUCUUCUCUUUACACUACCCUCACUCAAGUUCCAAUAAGAGACGGAGUGAUUUAGAAGGCCCUGAUUGGAAGAACCAGAUUAUCUUUUCGGGUCGACCCAAAUCAAGAACUGGGUUCCGGGUUUUGGUAACUGGAGCCGCUGGAUUUGUUGGAAUGCACGUGUCCACUGCACUCAGGCAGCGAGGAGACGGUGUUGUAGGCCUUGAUAACUUCAAUGGCUAUUAUGACAAGUCAUUGAAGAGAGCAAGAGAGGAAAUGCUGAAUAAAAAAGGUGUUUUUAUUGUUGAAGGUGAUAUAAAUGACGGUGCUUUAUUGACUAAGCUUUUUAAAUUAGUUAAAUUUACACAUGUAAUGCAUUUAGCAGCACAGGCUGGUGUAAGGUAUGCAAUGAAGAAUCCUGGCUCUUAUGUUCAUAGUAAUAUUGGUGGUUUUGUUAGUUUACUUGAAGUUUGUAAAUCAGUGAAUCCACAGCCUGCUGUUGUGUGGGCAUCAUCUAGUUCUGUUUACGGACUUAAUAAAAAAGUACCCUUUUCAGAGAUUGAUAGAACCGAUCAUCCUUCAAGUCUUUAUGCUGCUACUAAGAAGGCUGGUGAGGCUAUAGCACAUACUUAUAAUCAUAUUCAUGGUUUAUCAAUCACGGGGUUGCGGUUUUUCACUGUUUAUGGUCCGUGGGGAAGACCGGAUAUGGCUUAUUUCUUUUUUACUAGGGAUAUAUUGAAAGGGAAGAAGAUCACGGUUUUUGCUGGGCCAAAUGGAUUUACUGUUUCGAGGGAUUUUACUUACAUUGAUGAUAUAGUGAAGGGCUGUUUAGGUGCAUUGGAUACUGCUACUAAGAGUACAGGGAGCGGUGGGGUUAAGAAAGGGCCGGCGCAAUUGAGGGUUUAUAAUCUUGGGAAUACCUCGCCGGUGCCGGUUAGUAAGCUUGUUAGUAUAUUGGAGAAGUUGUUGAAAGUUAAGGCUAAAAAGGUUGUGUUGCCAAUGCCUGCAAAUGGUGAUGUGCUGUUUACUCAUGCUAAUACUAGUUUGGCGAGGAGGGAGCUUGGCUAUAAGCCCACUACCGAUUUGCAAUCGGGUUUGAAGAAAUUUGUGGCAUGGUAUCUGGAUUACUAUAAGCCAUCUGGGAAGAAGAGUGCUAUGUAA